UCAUCUGCACAACUGUCACAUAACAAACUCUGAAAAAAACAAAUUGUAGCCAAAAAUUAUUUCUUUUUUAUUUUUGUUUAAAAAAACUACUAAAAAAUGGUUAAACCUAAAGAAAACCCUUCCGAACAGGAAGAAAAAAACGAAAUCUGGUCGGAUCCUAGAUUUUCCCAUCUAGUUAGUGAUCCACGCUUCAAGAACCUUCCAAAAUCCGAACGUAAAGUCAAGAUCGACAAACGUUUCGAAUCCAUGUUCAAUGAUAAAAAGUUUAAAGUUAAGUAUACAGUAGAUAAAUACGGUAGAAAAAUUAAUAAAACAUCGUCAGAGGACUUGAAGAAAUACUACGACAUCGGUUCCUCAGACGACGGGGAAGAAGAAGCAAAGGAAAAGCAAAAAGAAGAGAAACAAAUUGUAAAAGACGACGACGAACCAGAAGUUGACGAAAACGAUGUCUUACAAAGUGAUGGAGAGGAGGUACCAGCUACUUUAAAAGAGCGCUUGUUAGAUCCAAGUGUCGACUAUGCACGAGGAGAAGGUCGUCUCAUAUCCGACAGUUCCUCUGACGAUGAAUCCUCAGAGGACGACGAUGAAGAACUCUUCAUCGAGCAUGUUUGGGGUGAGCUGGAUAGAGAUGCCGAAACCACCGAAGAAUCGAGCAAACGACUAGCAGUUUGCAACAUGGAUUGGGACAGAAUUCGAGCUUCUGACAUAAUGGUGGUAUGUAGUUCAUUCUUACCUCCAGGUGGAAGCAUCCUCAGUGUGUCGAUUUAUCCGUCUGAGUUUGGCAAACAACGAAUGGCUGAAGAGGAAAAGUAUGGACCUCCCGAGCUGGUAAAGAAAAACAACGAGGAAGAAAACUCGGAUUCUGAUGAGGAACUGGUCAAAGAGCAAGACAGUGAUGCAGAAGAAGGCGAUGACUAUCACAUGGAGAAGUUGCGACAAUACCAAUUGAAUCGACUUAAGUACUAUUACGCUGUCAUUGUUUGUGAUAGUGUCGAAACUGCUGAUAAGAUCUAUCAAGAGUGCGAUGGCAUCGAGUAUGAAAGCUCAGCCACGAAGAUUGACCUUCGCUUUAUUCCUGAUGAUACCUCUUUCGAUGAUGAUGAGCCCCGCGAUGUUUGCACAACUCUUCCAGAAGUAGGCCAAUAUAAACCUCGGAACUUUACCACAACUGCCUUGCAACAAGCAACGGUAGACUUGACUUGGGACGAGACAAGUUUAGAAAGACGGGAAGUCGGAGAUAAACUACUAUCGGGUAAAAUGAAUGAGGUUAGCGAUGCUGACUUGAGGAAAUUUGUAGCUUACAGCAGUGAAGAAGAAGAUGAAGGGGAAGAUGACGAGGAAAAGGAAGACAACAAUGCCAGAGAUAAGAAUGAAAAGAAGACAAAAGAGCAAGCUGAUGAGGUGGAAGAAAAAUCAUCAAAUGAAACUAAACCUCCACCAGCCGAAGGAAAAAAGAAAAAGAAAGAAGACCCAAUUUCGAAGUAUAAAGCUCUUCUUCAAGAAAUCACUGAAAAGGAAGAAAAAGCUAAGAAAAAUAAAUUCGAAAUGGAAUACUCUUGGGAUGUGGCAGCCGAAGAGAAGUCUACAGAAAAACCAGAAGAAAAAGCCAAACCGGCUUUAACGCCUAUUGAAAAGGUCCUUCAAAAGCGCAGCGAAAAGAACAAGAGACGCAAGGAGGAGCGAAAGAAGAAAAAGAAGCAAGCCAACGGAAGCGAUGACGAUGAUGGUGCAAUUGAUAGCGAUCAAUCGGAUGACUAUCCAGAUGGUAUUGAUAUGAAUGAUCCUUAUUUUGCUGAAGAAUUUGCGAAUGGAGACUUUGAAGCACCUAAAUCAAAGAAGAAAGAUAAAAAUAAGAAAAAAACCAAGAAAACCGAAUCUGAUAAUGAAGAAGAAGAACAAAAAGCAAAGGAAUUACAACUGCUAAUGGAUGAUGAUGAAGAAGAUGACAAACAACACUUUAGUUUGGAAAAAAUAAUCAAAACCGAAAACGAAACUAAAUCGAAGAAAAAAAGGAAGAAGCAACUGAAAAAAUCGAAAGGAGAAAUUAACUCGGCCAAGAAGGAAGUUGAUGAUAAUUUUGAAGUCAAUGUGGAAGAUGAUCGUUUCAAGGCUAUAUUCUCUUCGCAUCACUUCAAUAUCGACCCUACAGAUUCACACUUUAAGAAGACCAAGGGUAUGGAACAAAUUAUUCAUGAAAAACUGAAGAGAAGGCAUGGACAUGGAGACAACAAGAAGAACCCAGUUGUGGAGGAUGAAACGGAGUCAAAGCGGCCAAAGAAGUUGAUUGAAAACAGUAUGCUGGUGAAGAGUUUGAAAAGAAAGUUGCAGCAGCAAAGUAAUGGUAGAAAAUAAAAAAUGUAAGGUGUUAUUUCUUAUUUGUUAUCAAAUACAUUUAUUUUACUCGUAAUUUUGAACUGAA